AUGCUUGACAUCUUCAGAGAAGCACCUCUACUGGCCUCUCCAGAUGGCCUACGAGGAGGCCAUUUCAUAGCACUCGAUGCGCGAAAAUAUAAACAGCCCUCAGCUAUACAAACAUAUGAUCUCGCCACGACUUUUCUUUCAAACGGCGAGGUGGAAGAUUGGGCAAUUCAAAAAGGUCGCUUUGCCCCACCUUCGCCGCCCCUUAAUGCCGACGAAGAGUUGGAGGGAGGCUUGCGAAUGCUCUUUGCGCAACCACAAUCGAGCUUCAGGUCCACCAUACCCGAAGUCCUCACGAAAAGCACAGUGUUGGAUGCUCUCAAUCUCCCAGCCAGUACUAUUGCCUCGCUUCAGCUUGCUGGAGGAACAUUCUCCGUGCAUACGAUCCCAGAAGGGAGCCAAGUUGACGAAUGCGAGAGGUUGAGCAUCGUCUUCCGCUCUCCGCAGAAAUGGGAGUGUACUGUCGGCGGAUUGGCCAUGUCUCACGAUUUCAAGACGGGCGUCACCACAGCUCUCAACAUCGGCUAUGCCUUUGACCUGAAUCAAUGCGUCGAUUCUUCUUCCUCACUCCCUGAUGCUUUAACCAAAUUCAUCUCGAGAGUCGAGAAGUGCCAGUCACUAUGGCCUCAUCCGCUCUUCUUGCCCAACCUCUUCCGUGUCCAACACGUCCUGCGCGUGAGCAACUUUAUUAUGCAGGACCUCGACCGGCAAGUCAUACGUCUGGAGUACUGCGUGGGGGUCACAAAAGCCGGCCGUUCCAACAAGCCUCAUCUCGACUUCCCCGAGGACGAAGACCUCGCUGAGCGGCAGAAACUGUACAUCGGCGAUCAGCUGCAGCGAGACAACGCGAGGAGAUUGAUGGAGGAUAUCAACGACCUCACCACGAAGUUGGAGUUCACAAAGAUGUCGGCGUCGUGGGAUCAGCACUUCGCGGUCUUCGUACUAGAACUACUGGCGGAUUCGAGAAGGCUGGCGGACUACCGGGGAAUCUCUGCCGCGGCUUUUCGUGAGACGCUUGAGUAUGUCCGCAAUUACAGCCAGAGUCUUUGUGAUGUCGUGCAGAGUCACCAUGCGAGGAUGCAGCUGCAGCUGAAUAUCACGCUCCUCGGCAUGGACAUGUUCAGCUGGCGGUUCGGCCAGGACAAUAGAGUGGCCAAGGACUUCUGGGUCUAUUGGGCUGUGGCUAUUCCGUUGACGAUUGUCACAUUGAGCGGCUGGGCGCUGUGGUGGAGGAUCGAGAAGCGAAGGUUCGAGCUGGAUGUGCAGAAAGCUGCGCAGCAACAGCGAAAGUCGAGCAAAUGGCAGCGGGAUGGGAUGGUCGAUGGCUUGAAGUCUCAUGUGGUUGGGAUUGGUGGGAAGUAA